CCCAAAUUGAGUUGCCAUUUUCGAUUAAUUUCAGUCUUCUUCAGAGAAAAUCGGCACGUGAUAUCCCCAUUUUUCCGGCAACGAAUUACAUUCCCGCCGGCGAAGUACGAUCUACAGUUCCGGCAAUUGAUUGCGUUCCGUUUGGCGACAAAACACUAUUUCCUUGUUCUACAGAAGAAAACACACAUGGUUGGUGGAGGGAAAAAGAAACAGACUCGUUCCAAUAGGUCUUCGAUUCAUAGAUUGAAGGAAGAUAGGAUAAGCCAGUUACCUGAUUCUUUGUUAUGCAAGAUACUUGGCCAUCUUCCCGCAAAAGAAGCUGUUAAGACGAGCGUCUUAUCCACCAGAUGGAAAAGUCUCUGGCUUUGGGCUCCUAGUUUGGAAUUAGACUCCAAUAAAUUCCCAGAUUUCAAUGCCUUUGCGAGUCUUGGUGACAGGUUUUUCGAUUCCAAUAGGGUUUCAUGCAUAGACAAGCUUGAGUUAAAAGUUUAUGAAAGUGACAAUGAUGAUGUCGAAGAUUAUGUAGCUUAUUUCACCUCAUGGAUUGAUGCUGCAGUUAAGCGUAAGGUCCAACAUCUACAUGUUGUGUCUCUUCCCGAUGAAUACUCAUUUGAGAUUCCCAUAAGCCUUUAUAUAAGUCAGACACUGGCAUUCUUGAAACUUCAACUGGUGGCCUUGGUUAGUGCUGAGUCUUUUUCCUUACCUUGUCUGAAGACUAUGCAUCUAGAAGAGAUCUGGUUUCAGUAUCCCAAUGAGACCACUUUUGAAAGACUUGUCUCAUCAUGUCCUGUCUUGGAAGAGUUAAAAAUUAUCGAGUUUGGGAAUGCUCCUAAUGUCUUUCGGGUGCACUCUUUUUCACUCAAGAGGCUCGAAAUAAAAAUACGUUAUGCUUUAACUGAUGAUUACUUAAAUGUUGUGAUUGAUGCUCCUUUACUACGCUGGUUGAGAAUCGAUGAUUGCUUAUCUGAAAGAUAUAUGAUAAACAACUUGGAUUCCGGUGCCAAGUUAGAUAUUUCUCUCAGCUUUGGUGAAUUGCUUCCUAAUGAAGAAACAGUUUCAUCAAAGAGAUAUAUCAUCCGCGAUUUGCUGCCCCGGAUUUCAGAGGUCGGGGAAAUGAUCAUGUAUCUAGACAUUUUUAAGGUCAUUCAUUACUAUUCCAAAUUAGAACCCUUGCCUCAUUUUGGUUACAUGUCCCGCCUGGAUAUAACACUCUGUGUAUCUGAUCUAAAAUGGUUGCCAACUUUUCUUGAGCACUGCCCUAAUCUGAAAUCCCUCGUUUUGAAAUUGGAUACUCAGUUUAAGGAGAUCCAUUCUGAGGAGAUGAAACAAAUCAGAUUUUCACAUGUGCCUCAAUGUUUGUUAUCUUCGCUAAAGUUUGUUGAUAUCAAAAGCACAAUCAGUGGAUAUACUGCAGAAAUGAAGCUGGUGAGGUACUUCCUGGAGAGUUCAGCAAUCCUCAAGAAACUGACUCUACGUUUGAAAUAUUGUUCAAAUGAAAUUGUCAUCUUCAAGAAACUCCUGAAAAUACCAAGACGUUCUACCAAGUGUCAGGUCGUCGUACUGUGAUUGGCAAAGGCAAGAGACAACAUGACAAAGCUUAUGUUCUGACCGGUACAGUCAGUUGAUGAUUUGCCGCACAAGAUUUGCAGUUGUAGGCUUAUAAGUAUGUUUGUUUCUUUGGUAAAUAGAAAUGCAACUGUUUUUAGGUACUUUUGCAGGAAAUCAUUAUGCUGUUUAUAGAAUCAAGUUUGAUCUGCAUUCAGUGGAACGGUGCGGUGCAUUCUGUUGCGGGAUUGUUCUGUAAUUUUAGCUAAUGUGGAUGUAAUUUUUCAGUGUGUGACUAGUAUUGGUUUUCAGAAACGGACACUAUAAGAUUGACUUAUAUCCUGUUGCACCAGGCUUUCAAUUGAAUGAUAAG